CAAGGCUCCACAGCCUCUAGACUCUAGACUGUAUUCAUGAAAAAGGACAACCCUUUCAAGACAUCAGGUAGCUUUAGGUUUAGCCAUGGUGCUUAUUGAAGAAGUGGUUGAGCCUCCGGUGCAGCCCAAGGUGGUCGAGCCCAUUGUGGAGGAGAAACCCACGCUGAGCAAGGGCUUCCUUGAGAAAGCCAAAGAGAAGCCGUUGUAUGGACCUGAAGGGUCUUCCGAGGGCAAAGUGGAUCCCAACACUCACAAGGCCCAUGCGGAACACAAGAUGAACGAGGAUCUCAAUGCUGGCAUGAACCGCGGUGCAAAAGAGAACAACGGUUUAGAAAGACCGCCAUGGUACACAAAGGAGUGGCCAAAGGACUGCCAGUACAAUUCUCCGGGCUGUACUUUGGAGGAGAUGGAGACUUCCAACCACAAGUCGGACAUCCACAAAGAUAUGGUGAGGAAUUGCAAUCGUUGGCAUGAGGCUCUAGCGCCAGGAGUGACAUCGAUGCGCUUCAGCUUCUUACAAGCAACUGAUGAAGAUUUGGAGGAGGUUAUCGAAAAGCUGAAGAACAAUGAGGAUGUCACAGAGUUGGAUCUUUCGCACAAUUCGAUCAAAGACACCGGCGUGCAGGCCUUAGUGGCCGCUCUGGCCAGCGGAGCCGCCCCAAAGCUCCGCGAGCUCAAACUGUACAGUAACGAGUUCGGGCAGCUUGGAGAGACGAUGCUCACGCAGGGUCUUCCGGUCUUUCGGAAGGACCUCAAGGUUCAGUGGCAAGAACCCAGCUGGGCGAAGUUGGCAAGGGAGGAGGCCGAGGGCUACAAUACCAAGGCGUCACCUGUUGCCCCAUCCUGAACUAUGCUGAGCCUGCCCUGGCCAUUCUCACCUCGCUGGCAACCAAAAGCGGUUGCCACAUCGCAGAGACCUAAAUGCAUGGCUCUGAAUGAUGCCGCGCCACUGGCCUGCAUGAUAA